UCUGGAUCCACUCUACUGAAAGAUGAGUAACCCGCAGCUACGAUUGCUAAAUCAUGGCUACAUUCAUGGAACGGUUAGCCUUCCUUCAGAAAGUCCCGACUCUGAUGAAGGCGACAGCAGAUGAUGAGAGCCCCUGUCCUGGUUACCUUUUCCAAGAAAUUGGAAAAAUCUCCCACCAGUCUUUGGCGAGUGAUCAGUGUUUGCUAGAGUAUCUGCUAGAGAGGCUUCAAGUCGAGUCCUGUCAUGUCAAACUCAAGGUGCUGAAGAUCUUCGUACAUCUGAGCGGCCAUGGCUCAAAACAUUUCCUCACUGAACUCAGGAGGAAUUCCACCUUCAUUCAGCAAGCAUCAGUUUACAGCGGCCCUCCUGAUCCCAUCCAUGGUACGGCUUUGUAUCAGAAAGUGAGAAACACGGCCCAGGAAGUUGCACGGCUGCUUUUCACAGAUACAAUUUAUGUAAAAAGUGGUGAGCUGCCAUUUAACGUGGCACCCUCAACAAUGGGGAUGGGAUCAGCAGCUUCCCACAGGGUGGGAAUGCAAGGCUUUGGCUACGAUCCAGGGAAGCAAGGGACCGGCAACGUCUCACUUCUGGAUAAGAUCCAGAAAGCUGCAGAGGUAGUAGCCAGUGCUGUCCUUCCCCCGACGGAACACCAGGGAAUCCGUCUCCAUGACAACCACUACCGGCCUGUAGUGGCGCCCUCUGUGCCAAUAGAGGUGGCUGUACCAGCAUGUGCCUACAGUCUGCCUGCUCGCAGACUAAAAGGAGUGACGCAGCGGUGUCCAGGGCAGGUCGGAGGCGGCUGGGAAGAGACUGACAGUGGCAACACCUCUUCUCACAACUCCUCUCAGGACAUCUCCACCAAUAGCAGGGCCUCCGCAGGCAGCAAGUGCACGGGAAGCCAAUCAGGGGCCAGCAGAGAAAGCAGCGGGGACUUAUCGGAGCGGGUGGAAGCUUUGCAGUUGGGGGACUGCGUCCAGGAGAUGGCGCUCAUCAGCAAGCUGACCGAAGGGUCCAGAGUGUUUUUGACCAAUGAGGAGAGCCAGCACUUUAUCAAAGAGUGCUCCACUCUUAACUGUGAGGUUGUGGUGGAGUUGCUCUUGAGCAGGCUACAAGAUCCCGUCAACACUGUUAACAUGAGGGCAUUGUGUGCUGUUGCCUGCCUCAUGACUGCCGACCUCUUGUCUCUGGAGCAAAUUUUUGGAGCGACGCAAAGCAGACUCUGUCAGCUCAGUGAGGGCCCUCCAGGACCUGUGACCAACAAAGCCACAAAGGUGCAAGAGCCAAUCCUGAGACAGUUCAAGGCCCUGAUGGGUGGAGUUCACCAUGUUGCCAAACAGGAUUCUGCCAGUAGCAGUCAUCAAGUCAACCACAUAUCUAACAAAGUUCUUACGUCUACAUUCUCUGGUUCUUUAGAGCCCACGUUCUCUCCUCAUAAUGAUCGUGUCUGUCAGCCAUCCUCGCCAUUCAGUGUGGACAACAGCUGUGAGAAACCUCCCCUGACUGAGCAACAAUUGCUCCUGGCUCCUGUCAGGACUGAUUUGACUUUAGCUACUAAAGAUGAGGAAUGCACACAGCCUUGUGUCAGCAGACUGUCCCUGUUCAGUGGUAUGAUGCUGGUCAACAGGGCCAGGCCUCUGUGCGAGACUACCCGCCUAGACCCAAGCUCACGACAGGACCAUCUGAAGAAGAACCAACCUUACAGUCCUGUUUCAGUUGUGUCUGACAGCAGCCAACAGUCAUCCGCCUUCUCGUUUCUCAACUCUUGACCUCUAGCGAGAUGCUUUGCACCUUUUGAAACUUAAUACAGAGAUGUCAUUUUGAAAAUGUAUUACUGUAUUACGUUAGUGGAACACAGGGGUGGGCAAAAUAUGGCCUGUGGGCACAUUACCAAGUGUCUUGUAAUAUUUGUUACUUUAGUCAUUUUUACCCCUAACAUUUAUUUGGUUGUUAAAAAUUAUUUAUUUAGAUUUUUCAUUUAUUUAUCUAAUAAUUGAUUUGAUUUAUUGUCAAUAAUAAAAUAUUAGAAUCUUUUGCCAGCCACUCUUUUACAUCUAACGUUGAACAUAUAUACAGCCAUUGGCUAGUUAUGAAUAGUAAAAUGAAAAUGACUAGUACUUCAUUAUAAAAAAAAUAUGAUACAUUUAAAUUUUUUCACCUCAUCCACAAAUGACCUGGCUCAUCCGUCUUUUAAAAAUCAAAGGUUUGCCCAACCCUGGUAGAAGUGAAACAUUUGUCUCACGUGGAUGUCUCCUUAUGCAGGAGACAAAGGUGGUCAACUAUGCGCACAUUGUUGUACUCAUCUUUUGGACUUUCUGUCUCCACAGGUAUUGACUGGGUCUGAUGUGGAGAAAGUUUAUCGAGUUGUUUUAUCUCAGGAUUCAUUUUAGGUGACAAAAACAACCUCUGAAACCCAUCGUGAACCUCCAGCUUGCACUUUGGUUUGCACUAAAAUAGCUUUUCUUAAAGACCCGCUAUCCGAGUCAGUUUUCUUCCAGUAUUUCCUAUUACACUCAUGUAAAUGUUUGUGAGGCUAAAAUUAUUGUUUACAGCUUGUCAACUAACACGUGGUGCUAGAGUGCAUGGCUACACAGCUCAAUGUUGGUGUGGCAAACCAACUGUUUAGAGACGUGAUUAGUCAGACAAAGGUACAUUUAGAGUCAGUUUAACAUGUAGAAUAUUUUCAACAAUCGCAAUCUGUCAUGUAAAUAAAUAAAAAGCACAUGCGCUUAAUUUACGGUCUUGAUUUUAUCACACAGUAUAGUUUGCGUGCCCUGUCAUGCUAAAUGAUAAUUUUGAAACCUGCUGGUUUCGGCU